CUUCCUUCUCUUAUCUCCUCUCAUUUCAUGUCUCUUGAUUUUAUCAACCAAUCUUCAAACAAUUAAUCUGUAAUUACAAAUAAAUCCAUGUAAUGGCAUCCAUGAAGCUGGGAUCAAAGCCUGAAGCUUUUCGUCGUGAAGGUCAAACAUGGGUUUGUACAACAGGACUUCCAAGUGAUGUUACUAUUGAAGUUGGCGAAAUUUCUUUUCUCCUCCACAAGUUUCCAUUACUUUCUAGAAGUGGACUACUAAAGAAACUAAUUGCAGAGUCCACAAGUGAGGAUGGAUCAAGUAGUAUUUUGCAACUUCAUGAUGUUCCUGGUGGAGCCAAAACAUUUGAGCUCAUAACAAAAUUUUGCUAUGGUGUGAAAUUAGAAAUCACAGCAUUGAAUGUAGUUAGUCUAAGAUGUGCAGCAGAGCAUCUCCAAAUGACUGAAAACUAUGGUGCAGACAAUCUUAUUGGUUACACAGAAUCUUUUCUAAAUGAAGUUUUCAGCAAUUGGCCAGACUCCAUCAAAGCGCUCGAGACAUGCGAGGAAGUGCAAAACUUUGCAGAAGAUCUCCAUAUUUUUUCUAGAUGCAUUGAUUCCUUGGCUAUGAAGGCUUGUUCGGAUCCAGAUUUGUUCAAUUGGCAAGUGACAGGCCGUAAUGACGCGAAAAAUCAAGAGGAACAUGAGUUGUUGAAUGGAAUGUCUUGUGAGAGUAAACCACAGUCUGUUGGUGAUAAUUGGUGGUUUUAUGAUGUGUCUUUGUUGAGCCUACCAUUAUAUAAAAGAUUGAUUUUGGCUAUUGAAUCAAAAGGAAUGAAAUCGGAGACUAUUGCUGCAUCUCUUAUAUAUUACCUUAGGCGGUUUCUUCCCUUGAUGAAUAGACAAUCAAGUUUCAAAGAUACAAAUCAUGCAACAAUCCCUACAACUUCUGAAGCUGAUCAAAGGGGUUUACUAGAAGAAAUUGUGGAGUUGAUUCCUAAUAAGAGAGGUGUCACAUCCUCUAAGCAUCUCCUUCGGUUGCUCCGAACCGCAAUGAUAUUACGUGCAAGUCCAUCAUGCAAAGAGAAUUUAGAGAAAAGGGUAGGAGCUCAACUAGAUCAGGCUUCACUUGUGGAUCUUCUCAUUCCAAAUAUGGGAUACUCGGUCGAGACGCUUUAUGAUAUAGAUUGUAUUCAGAGGAUUCUGGACCAUUUUAUGUCUAUCUACCAGCCUGCAUCUUUAUCUGCUUCUCCAUGUAUAACUGAAAUUGGAACAUUAAUUGCUGGGGUUGAUACGUUGACACCGAUGACAAUGGUCGCUAACUUGGUAGAUGGAUAUCUUGCCGAAGUCGCUUCAGAUGCUAAUCUAAACCUGUCUAAAUUUCAGGCACUUGCUGUUGCAAUUCCUGAUUAUGCCAGACCCCUUGACGACGGUAUAUACCACGCAAUAGAUGUAUACCUUAAGGCACAUACAUGGCUGACAGAUUCGGAACGGGAACAACUAUGCAGACUAAUGAAUUGCCAAAAGCUAUCAUUGGAAGGAAGCAGUCAUGCAGCACAAAAUGAAAGAUUGCCUCUAAGAGUAAUUGUUCAAGUCCUAUUUUUCGAACAACUUAGACUUCGCACAUCGAUAUCCGGUUGGUUCUUUGUAUCUGAAAAUCUCGAAAACUCACAAAAUCCAAGGGGAAAUAUUGGUCCCUCAGGGAGUUGUCAAGUGGAUUCUGCCGAGACAACUGAGAAUGUAAGGGAACGUCUAUUAGAGUUGGAGAAAGAAUGUUCAAGCAUUCGAAAAGAGUUGCAGAAGCUAACAAAAACAAAGAAAAGUUGGAGCAUUUUUCCAAAAAGAUUUGGAUUUAGAAGAAAAUCAGGGUCUUCCAAUCCUAAUGAAUCAAAUAAUGUAAAUACAUCAUCAUCUGUGAAUAAAAAUCCAAACAAUGAAAGUAGUUGAGGGGGUUAGUUAAACUUCUUAGCUUAAGUAAGUGGAGAUAAUUUUUUUUUUCUUCUGUUAUAGAAUUGUGUAACUCACUCAAACUGUUGGUAGAAAAAUGUAUAAGUACAAAACA